ACUCAAGCCCAAAUUUUACAGCCAGACCCAUUGACAUUCGAGAAUCUCGUAUUUGAUUUGGCAUUCCACCCUCACCAAAAUAUCAUUGCUACCGGCUUAAUCACCGGCGAGGUUUUUUGUCAUCGAUAUGCAACUGAAGCUAAUGCUGAAAAUCAAAACAUUCUGUCGAUUCGUCCACACCGGAAAUCAUGUCGUGGUCUGGAAUUUAAUCAUGAUGGAACAGUUUUGUUUAGUGUCUCAAAAGACAAAUCGAUACAAGUGAUUGACCUAGAGACAGGAGAAAUUUUAGUGAGUAAAUCGGGUGCACAUGAAAAACCUAUCAACCGUAUAUUACGCCUCAAUGAAAAUGCAUUGGCCACGGGCGAUGACGACGGUUACAUAAAGAUUUGGGAUACGCGAACUGGUGGUGAAUUGAUGGAAUAUUCUGAUCACCAAGAUUUUAUAUCAGAUUUUGCAUUCCGGGCAGAAACCAAGAAUCUGAUUGCAACGAGUGGCGAUGGAACAUUAUCUGUGUAUGAUAUACGGAGACCGAACUUCAUAGCCAUGUCGGAUAAUCAAGAUGAUGAAUUAUUGUCCGUUGUUAUUAUAAAGGAUAACCGAAAAGUUGUUGCAGGAACUCAGAGCGGAGUCCUCAACUUAUUCUCAUGGGGUGAAUGGGAAGAUUGCAAUGACCGAUUCAUUGGUCAUCCUAGUUCAAUAGAUACUAUUGUUAAGAUUAAUGAAGACAUGAUAUGCACAGGGUCAAGCGAUGGAAUAGUGAGAGUAAUCGGAAUUCUUCCCAAUAAAUUUCUCGGAGUCAUAGGAGAUCAUGGAGAUUUUCCGAUCGAGAAAAUACAGAUCUCUCAUGAUAAUGCAUUGCUCGCAAGUUGUUCACACGAUAAUUCUGUAAGAUUAUGGGAUAUCCGACAUCUGUACGAGGAUGAUGAUGACAGUAACGACGGUAAUGGAGAAAAUGACAACGCUGACGCGAAUAUGGAUGUUGAAUCUGGUAACAUUGAUGGCAAAGGAAAAUCAUUGGAAAAUUCUUCGAAUAAUUUUUUUUGUGAUCUCUGA